AUGCUCAGGCUCGCAACCGCAGCUGCUCUCGUGCUGGGCGUAGCUUGGGCUACUCCAACUCCUGGCAGCCAUGUGGCUGACGAGGACAGCUUCUUGAAGCGAACCACUGGUUUCUGGUAUCCCAACAUGGACCACACCGGACAGCAUCGUGGCUUCGCCCCGGACCUAGACGGCGACCACGCUUACCAAGUCUUCAAGUCUGUGAAUCCCGGCGACGGCAAUGCCAUCCAAAGGGCCAUCAAUGACGACAACGGCGGCAAGCGUCACGGCAAGUGGUUUGCGUCUCAACCCAGAGUUGUCUACAUUCCUUCCGGCACGUACGAGAUUGGAAAGACCAUUCACAUGAAUACCGACACCGUACUGUUGGGCGACCCGACCGAUCCGCCCAUCUUGAAGGCGGCUGCUGGCUUUUCUGGCAACCAAACUCUUCUCUCUGGACAGGAUCCCACUACGGGUGAAAAAGGUGAGCUCUCUUUUGCCGUCGGCCUCAAGAAUCUGGUCUUCGACACCACCAACAUCCCCGGAGACUUGGCGUUCACGGCGCUUUAUUGGGGCGUCGCCCAAGCUGCCCAACUUCAGAACAUAAGAAUCACCAUGGCACCCUCGCGAGACGGCAAGGGCCACAGCGGUAUCCGUCUCGGGCGCGGCUCCACCCUGGGCCUCUCCGACGUGCGUGUCGAGCGUGGACAGAACGGCGUCUGGCAUGAUAGUCACCAGCAAGCCGCCUACAAGAACAUCCAAUUCUACCAGAACAAGGUCGGCAUGCUCAUCAGCGGCGGCAGCACCAUCACCAUCAUGGGAUCCAUCUUUGAUUCGUGCGAGACGGGCGUCCGCAACACGGGCGGCUCCCCCUGGAUUGCUCUGAUUGACUCCAAAUCGGUCAGCUCGGGUGUCUCUUUCGUCACGACAGGCCGUCCGUCCUUUCUCAUUGAAAACUUGGACAAGGACAGCGACUCGGACAUUGCACGAGUUUCCGGAGAGACCGUUCUUGGGCCCAAGAGGCACGUCGAUACGUUUACCUAUGCAAACACAGUGGGCCGCAACCCCGUCUAUGGGUCGACGACUUCAGUCAACAAGCGCCCGGCUGCCCUGGCGCCCGGUGGAAAAUACCCCGUCAUCCCGGCUCCCAACUAUGCCGACAAGACAGCCGCCGACUUUAUCAACGUCAAGGACCCGUCCCAGAAUGGCGGGCAUUCGGUUCUCGGCGACAACAGCAGGGACGAGUCCGAAGCGCUCAACCGGGUGUUGCAGCACGCUGCCCAGCACCAAAAGAUUGCCUACUUCCCCUUUGGCAAGUACCGCGUCGACUCGACCCUCUUCAUCCCGCCGGGCUCGCGCAUCGUCGGCGAGGCCUGGGCUACCAUUUCGGGCAGCGGCAGCUUCUUCAAGGACGAGAGCCACCCCAAGCCCGUCGUGUCGGUGGGCCGAGAGGGCGAUGUCGGCGUCGCCCAAAUCCAGGACAUGCGAUUUACCGUGUCCGAUGUGCUCCCGGGCGCCAUCGUCGUUCAGUUCAACAUGGCCGGCAAGGCCCCCGGCGACGUGGCUUUGUGGAACUCGCUCGUGACUGUAGGGGGCACGCGUGGGGCUUCCGGUCUCACCAGCGCCUGUCGCGACGCCGGCAACGCGUGUAAGGGCGCCUUUAUCGGCAUGCACCUGGCCAAGUCAUCGUCGGCCUAUGUCGAGAACGUGUGGAACUGGGUGGCGGAUCAUAUUGGCGAGGAUUUCGACGGCGGGUCCAGCAUCGCCGGCAAGGGAGGGGCUCUUGUCGAGUCGACCAAGGCCACCUGGCUGCAUGCGCUCGGCAGCGAGCACUGGUGGCUGUAUCAGCUCAAUCUGCACCGGGCUGACAACGUUAUGGUGUCGCUGCUCCAGGCCGAGACCAACUACGAGCAGGGCGACAACGCGCGACAUGUCGUCCCGGCUCCGUGGAAGGCUGACGCCAAAGGCUGGGGCGACCCGGACUUUUCCUGGUGUGCAGGCGGCGACAAACGUUGCCGCAUGGGCUACUCGAACCUGAUAGACGGCGGCUCCAAUAUCUACACGUACGGAUCAGCGGCAUGGGCCUUUUUCAGCGGGCCCGGGUUCCAGGGAUGCGACCAGUUCCGGUGCCAAGGGACCAUGCACUGGAUCAGCCAGACGCCGCGGAACCUGCAGGCCUUUGGGAUGUGCUCCAAGGACGCCGAGGCGGUCCUUCGACUAGCCAAUGGUACGAGGAUCAUGGCACAGGACGGCUUCGGGGGCUCGUGGCCCGGCGGCGGCGGCGUCGUGGGCCGGUACACGCCGUAA